UAUUAGUAUCAAGAAUUAAAGGGUGUAUUUCGUCGCUAAAGUGUUGUAUUAAAAUAAAGUCGUAUUUAAAUAAACAAAUUUCCAAAGAAAAUCCAAGUCUGAUUAAGGAAAACAAAAAAAGCCUUAACAUGGAAUCAUUGAAUUCUACAACUUGCAGUACCAUACGAACCGAUUACGGCAGCACAACGUUAAAAAUUUCAAUUGGUAAAAAUUCGGAGAACUCGGACAACGCUAUAACUACCUCUACCACCUCUUACGCCAUUGGAUAUCAGAGUUUACCUUAUACAUCGUCUACGAAUUUAUAUGCCAAAUCGCGUUUUUCCAAAAUGUCUAUGGAUACGAUGCCGAAUAGUGAAUCACGCCAAAUAAUGCAACGUUUGGAAUAUUUCCUAAAUGUUUUGAAUCAAAUUUGCAUUGGUUUUGUAACGAUUUAUAUGAGUUGGUUGUGUUUGCGCACGGGAUUAGCUGGCACGGGUUUGCAUGCAUGGCUGGUGACAAUUGGAUUCUCUUUCCUAAUGGCUGAAGCUAUAAUGUGUCAUUACAACCACAACGUUUUGACCUUUAACUAUAGAAGAAGUACCAAAACUACUAUUCACUGGGUGCUACAAGUAUUGGGAGGUGGUUGUGGCAUUGCUGGCGUUCUUAUCAAAUGUAUACAGAAACAUUUUUCUUUGCACUCAAUACAUGGGAAAUUAGGUUUUGCCGCCUUUAUUUUAUGCUGCAUUAGUUUUGCCUCCGGUUUGAGUGCAUUAUUUUCUACAAGAUUUAAGAAACUUUUAAGUCCCUUACUAAAUAAAACUUUUCAUAACGUCUUGGGUAUUGGUACCUUUGUGGUGGCUUUAUCUGCUCAAUAUUAUGGCUAUGAAACCGGUUUCUUUUCUCGCAAAGCUCCUUCCGCUGAUUUUAUUAUAUUAAUGAAAUGUUUAACCUUAAUAUCAUUGAUAUUAUCCUGUAUAGGUGCCUUAAAGGCCCUCUAUCAUAAAUCAACGAAUAUUGUGAGACAUUAUAGUUAGAAGAUCUUAAUGUUAUUUAUAAUUAUGUAUAAACAUAUUAGUUAAUUUUUAUAUAUUUAUAUAUUUUGUUAUAUAGUUGUAUAUAUCACCAUUCAGAUUUUAGUAUAUAUUCCAUAAAGUCUGAUUUUUGCUGCAUAUUUAACCUAAAAAUUCAUUCGUAGAAUUUUAAAUGCAUUCCAAUAUUGAAUUUUAAUCUAUUAUUUGUAAAUAAACAUAUUUAAAUAAAAUAUUUUAUAAAUUGCGAAA